UGUAUUUAAUCGAACAGGUGGACUUGUUCUCGAUUGACGGGAAACUUCCAUCCCUUGUUAUCUACCUUAUAAGCUAUUAUUGAGCGCUUUCAAGUUUAAGGAACCGACUGCAAUACAAAAACACCUACCUAACAGAGCGUCCCCAAAGCCUCAAUGCCUGAUGCUACUGAAUUAAACGAAGAUGACCUCGUCGAGUUGUCUCUCUUACGCGACUUCGAGGUAGAUGAGCUUAUUAGAGAUGGAUUCCUAAGCGAGAACGAGCAAAUGACGGGGCCCCUAGACAAGGAGCUUGUCUUGAAGUACGGCGAGCUGAAUUUGUACAUCACCCCCGAGCCCCUAUAUCCAGCUGCAUCCGUUACUUGGAAGCUUGAGAGCUACGAAUUAUCGCGAGAAUCGAUAAUCGAACUUCGCACACAACUGAAACGGAUUGUAGAGGGUGCCGCAGCUACUAAUAACAUCUCAAGAUGGAACAGUCGGGGGGAGAGUGCAUACGGGGCUUUCGAGCCAACCAUGGCAGUUUAUGAGCUUGCCAAUGCGACAAGGACAUAUUUGAAAUCAUGGCGCGAGAGGUUUGCGAAUAAACCAAAAGGCCGUAUUAGGUCAAAUCUUCUCCCAUUUCAGGAGAAGCCAGCGGCUCCGAUAAUGACAUCCAGCGAGACAGCAUACUAUUUCCUACGGCAAACGCCCCAAGAAAUCUGUUCCAAGAUUCCCUCCUGUUACAGAGUUCUCCACGUGGAGGAAGUUAUAAGGUCUGACCUAGCCGGUAGAUUCUAUAAGAAGCAAAUGGAAAUAAGGGAAAGGCUGUCCAAAUACUCUAUAGUAACACUUCACGGUUGCGUACCUGCAAGCUUACAUCAUACCAAACGAAAAGAGGUGUAUAUAGAUCAUCUCGUAAAACCUACGAUGACCUUCCAUGGGACUCAAAGACAACUCGUGCCGUCUAUAAUACGCUACGGAUUUCUCAAGCCUGGCCAGAAGAACCCGGGUACGAGCAAGGCGCAUGGGAUUCGCUGUGGCUCGAGGUACGGCAGGGGAAUUUACAGCUCUCCGAACGCAGACUUUUCUCUGAGCUACACGGGCAGCUCAUGCCAGGCCACCAAGCCUAAUGAGUAUUUUGGGAUCAAGCUUCUCGUAUGCGCGACGAUUAUGGGCCGCUCAGCCGAUGUUCAUAGUGAUGACGAUUGGAGGGAUCAAAGCGAGGCCUACCCCGGGGCCGACUCACACGUCGCUAAUCGCGGACUCGAGUACAUCGUCUUCGAUAGUGCACAGAUCAUUCCAAUAUAUGUGAUACAUAUCGACUGGGGCCACGACAAUUACGAGCACUUUGAGGAGCUCCCUAGUAACCCAGAGCGCUUCGUUCCAACAAAUCAGACAAGGCACCCGAAGCUUUUACAAGGCGUCCGCUGGCCGGGUGACAUACAGCGCGAGAAAGAUGCUGUUUUCGCCCGAGCAGCGAAGUGGUUCCCGUACGGCUACGGGCCGUCGACUGGAUCCAAGUUUGUGGUGGAAGAGGUUGGCGAGGCCGACGAGGAUGAGGAGGAAUAUGGAGACUACCAGGCACUCCGAGGUGAGGAGAUCAAGGAUAAGACGAACCUGAAUUUCUGGAGUUGGGUCAAGGUUGGCGAGGAGAUAGAUGUUGUUGAAGAAGGUGGGCAUGCGGAUGAGUAUACAAAGGAUCGCCGCUGGUAUAGUUCUAAAACAUCGGAGAUGCCGAACUGGGACAUGAUCCCUUUACCUGAGGGGGAAGAAGAAUAUGUCGAUAUUGAAAAAGAUGAUGAUUUAGGUAUAGGCCGGCUGAUGGUUUGACUUGUGCUGUCUCGUCAUAUUACUUACUG